GUUUGAAAUUUGAAUCCAUUGAACCAAAAUUUGAAGGAGUUGCAUAUAUAAUAAUAUAAAUCAGAAUGAUGUAGCCGCCACACCUUUUUGUUUCCACAAAACUCUUUUUCUGUGAUGGAUCCGCUAAUGUAGCCAUAUUUUCAAUAUAUAUCACUUUCUCUGGCAUCUUCGCUACCGUGUACGUCUCUCUUUCUCUCCCUCCCCUCCUUGGCUUUUUUCAAGUUCCCACCAUAAACGCAGAGGGAGUUAAGAAAUGGAGGAUAGGAGGUGUGAUGUGUUGUUUCCAUGUUCAUCAUCGGUUGAUCCUCGCUUGACAGAGUUUCAUGGGGUCGACAACUCUGCUCAGCCGACAACAUCAUCCGAAGAGAAGCCAAGGAGUAAGAAGAAGAAGAAAGAGAGAGAAGCGAGGUACGCGUUCCAGACAAGAAGCCAGGUUGAUAUACUGGAUGAUGGAUACAGGUGGAGGAAGUACGGCCAAAAAGCAGUCAAGAACAAUCCAUUCCCCAGGAGCUAUUAUAAGUGCACAGAAGAAGGAUGCAGAGUGAAGAAGCAAGUGCAGAGGCAAUGGGGAGACGAAGGAGUGGUGGUGACGACAUACCAAGGUGUUCAUACACAUGCCGUUGAUAAACCCUCUGAUAAUUUCCACCACAUCUUGACACAAAUGCACAUCUUCCCUCCCUUUUGCUUGAAGGAAUGAUUAGAGGAAUUGGAUUGUAAUAUUUACUUUCCCAAAAACGUUGGGCUCACACCAUCAGACCUUUACUUUUAAACUAGCAGCAACUCACAUAUCUCAAAAAUACUAAUCCUUAUCUUUGUCUUUAUGGGACCUUUGAAUCCAUCUGCUUUGGUGUCUUAGUCUCGGCUGCCCUGUAAUCGAAAGUAUAUUCAUCAUCAAAUUACCAAACAUAAAGAAGCAAUGAUGAGUCUAUCAUCUACAAAAACAAUGUUAUGUAUCCCAAACCUACCGAUUAUUCCAAAACUAGUGACAAGCUAAGGAUAUUGUGGAGAUGAAGAUGAGAAAGAGUACGAAAGCUAACUUUGAGGUUUCUUCUUGGAUCCAAUUGCGAAUAUGCUUCACGUUUCGCUUUAGAACGGAGGACGCUUUCUUUGUUAGGCCCAUUAGCCUGGGCUCUCGUGUUUUUCAUAAUGUCAAGUCAGCCCAACAAGCCCAAAUCUUUACAAAAAGAACCAAGGACCAUGUCAUCCGGAAUAUGGUGAUAUUAUUGGAUUAUACCAUUGGACCAUUUAACACAAAAGCAAAUAUGCAACAGAAUAUAUAUAGAUCACAUAACAGUCAGAAUCUUCUCAAAAGAUAUGCUUUCUUCCUUUUCUAUUCUAGAGUGUUUUGAUGACAUCGGC